AUGUGCGUAAUAAGUGUAUUUUGUAUAUCAGAAUGUGAAUUCAUUGGUCUACUGUCAAAAGUUCUUAAAUAUAGAUCAGGAUUUCAUGAUUUUAUUCACAAAUAUCUUAAUUUUAAUGAUCAACGUUUAACAUCCAAUGAUAUUCAUUAUUUAAAACAAUAUCAUUUAUCAUUGAAAAUUACAGGAAUCAUUUUCACUGUUUUAGUGAUUCCGGGCUUGUCGUUUGUUUAUCUUUGCGAAAUAGGUUUAGUAGUUUGGUUUUAUUUCAAAAAUAUCAUUACAUCAACUCAAUUAAUAUUAACCACAAUUAUGCUUGUGUCAUCUGGCUUUCAUAUUGGAUUCCUUAUUACAUCUUUACAGAUUAGUACAUUGAGUGCGGCUUUUUGUACAGAAUUUCUCAAAUUACGUUCAAGACAAUCUUUAAAAUUCUUAAAAAGUAAUCAUUGUCCAAAAAGGAUUUUAAUUAGAAAAUUUCAAUGGAAUUCCUUUCAUCGAGAGUAUGUCAAUCUUUUUCAACAAACAGCAUUACUUAAUAAGACAAUCAGUUUUCAACUUUAUAUCUGGGAAUUGGGAUCAAAAGUUUCAUCAAUAACAACUUGUGUAUUUUAUAGUCGUCAAAUUAGUAUGGGAAUUUCUAAUACAUUCAUAUUCGGUGCAAUGAUAUCGGUAUUUGUUUAUAUAACUGGUUUAUAUACACAAUUAACAUAUUUACCUGCAUAUAAUCAACAAUGUUGUCGAUUAUUACUAGAAUGGAUAGCCAGACAAUCAAUCAAAAAUAAAACGAAGAAACAAAGAAAAAUGAUAUAUGCAUCAAUUAAAUCAAAUUUAUUUACACAAACAAUGAAUCAGAAUAAAUUUGGCUUUCAUUGUGGUCAAAUAUUUUUCAUAACCAAAUUCAAAGUAGUUGAACUAAUUUUGAUGAAUAUUCCUUUAAUUUUAUUGUUCUACAAG